AUGGCAGAUGAACUUCAAGCACUUCAUGACAAUAAUACAUGGUGUGUUGUUCGAAUUCCUAAAGGGAAGAAGGUUGUAGGCAGUCGUUGGGUUUACAAAACGAAGCUUCAUUCAGAUGGUUCUGUGGAGAGACAUAAGGCUCGUUUGGUAGCUCAUGGUUUUACUCAAACAUAUGGAGUAGACUACAAGGAGACUUUUGCUCCUGUUGCUAAAAUGAGUACAAUGAGAGUUUUGUUAUCAGUUGCAGUCAAUCAUGCUUGGCCUCUAUAUCAAAUGGAUGUAAAAAAUGUGUUUUUACAUGGUGAUCUUGAAGAAAAGGUUUACAUGAAGUUGCCUCCCAGUCAUCCUCAAUCUCAUGAUCCCAAGAUAGUAUGCAAGCUUCAUAAGUCUAUUUAUGGCUUAAAGCAAUCUCCUCGUGCUUGGUAUGCCAAGCUCAGUUCAGUACUUGAGGAAGUUGGUUUUCAAAGAAGCAAUGCAGAUUCUUCUUUGUUUGUUCGGAUUGGUUCAACUAGUAAGCUUGUGGUACUCAUCUAUGUUGAUGAUUUAAUUGUGACAGGUGACAAUGUUGAAGAGAUUAAUACUCUCAAGCAAUCUUUGCGAAAUAGGUUUGCUUUGAAAGAUUUGGGCAUUCUCAAAUAUUUUCUUGGUAUAGAAGUGGCCACUUCUCAGAAAGGUCUUUUUCUAAACCAAAGAAAAUAUGUUCCUGAUCUUUUACAAGAUACUGAUCUGCAGGACUGCAAGCCAGCUUGCACUCCUCUUGACAGCAAGCUCCAAUUUGAUGUACAAGGUGAGCCUCUCCUGAAUGUGAGCUAUUAUCAAAGGCUGGUAGUUAAACUUAUUUAUCGUACCAUUACUCGUCCCGAUAUAGCUUAUGCAGUAAGCAUUGUCAGUCAUUUCAUGCAUUCUCCCACUUUGGCUCAUCUUCACAUUGUUAAACGAAUUCUUCGUUAUCUCAAAGGCUCUGUUGGAACAGGUGUUUUGAUUAAAAACAAUGGUAACACUCAAAUCAUGGGUUACACAGAUGCUGAUUGGGCAGGGAACUCUCUUGAUUGUAAAUCAACUACCGGUUUCUGCACAUUUGUUGGUGGUAACUUAGUUACCUGGAAAAGCAAGAAGCAGACAGUUGUUGCUCUCUCUAGUGUAGAGGCGGCUGAAUAUAGAGCUAUGGCUUCCACUGCUUGUGAGCUCAUUUGGUAA